AUGGGAGGUGGAGAGAGAGGAGAGGAAAUGAGGAGGAAUGCCAAGAAAUGGAAAGAGCUGGGAAGAGAAGCUGCUAAGGAAGGUGGAUCUUCUGAUAAUAAACUCAAGACUUUUGUAAAGGAAAUUGGAAAAAAGAUUUUAACUUAAUGAAUUUAUUUAUUUUUAAUCAAUUUGAUAAAAUAAUAUUAUAUAUUCCUUAGUUUUGAUGUUAAUAAUCUGUUGAUGCUUAA